AUGAAAUCUUUGACUUGUUAUAAACUAUGCUCUCUAGCUUAUUGCCUUCUCUUGUAUGUUCAGCUGCUUUCAUCUUCAUCACCAAAUUUCCUUCAAUUAGCUUCUGCUACUUCUACUGAUGAGGCAAAGGCUCUUCUGAAAUGGAAAGCCACCUUUCAAAAUCAAAUCCACAACAAAUAUCUGUCCUCAUGGGCUUACCCUCCCAGUAAUAAUUCCACCAACUCUUCCCGCAAUCCUAAAACAAAAGCAAGUCCAUGCACUUGGGCUGGUGUUUCAUGCAACGCUGCUGGAAGUGUCAUCAAGAUAAACCUUACCGAGUCUGGUUUACAAGGUACGCUACAUGAUUUCUCAUUCAUGUCCUUCCCUAAUCUUGAAUAUCUUGACCUCAGCAUGAAUAAUUUUUUUGGUUCCAUCCCACCUCAAAUCAGUUUCCUCUCCAAACUCAGUUAUCUUGAUCUCUCUUCUAAUCAGUUGUCUGGGAGAAUCCCGCCAGAAAUCAGUCUCCUAAGAAAUCUUACCAUUCUCCAAAUUACCAAUAAUCAACUCAAUGGUUCAAUCCCGACAUCACUAGGUGAUUUGACAAACCUCACCGUUCUCUAUCUCUAUAAUAAUACUCUUUCGGGGACUAUUCCUAAAGAGAUAUGGACCAUGAAAUCUCUUGUGCAGCUAGCUUUGACUGAUAAUCAAUUGGAUGGUUCAAUCCCGACAUCAUUAGGUGAUCUAACAAACCUUACUCAUCUCUAUCUCUCUACUAAUAAUCUUUCUGGCACUAUUCCUAAGGAGAUAGGGAACCUGAAAUCUCUUUUGGAGCUAUCUUUGUCAAAGAAUCAAAUGGUUGGUUCGAUCCCGACAUCAAUCGGUGAUCUGAAAAAUCUUACCCUUCUCCAUAUCUCUAGCAAUUUUCUUUCUGGCACUAUUCCUGAUGAGAUAGGGUACUUGAAAUCACUUACUGACCUAGAUUUGAGCAUUAAUAAACUCAAUGGUUCAGUUCCCACUUCAUUGGGUGAAUUAAAAAACUUAGAAGCCUUAUUUCUGCGUGACAAUAAACUUUCUGGGUUGAUUCCCCAAGAGAUAGGAAAUCUAAAGAAGUUGAAAGAACUGGAGCUGGGGUUUAACCAAUUUGUUGGUUAUUUGCCUCAAAACCUUUGCCAACGGAGAUGGCUUUCAAAGCUUCUAGUGAACAACAACAGUUUCAUUGGUCCAAUUCCCAAAAAAUUGAAAACUUGCACGAGCUUAUUGAGAGUCCGUCUUGAUGGGAACCAAUUCAAAGGAAACAUAUCUGAAGAUUUUGGCGUGUACCCGAAUCUUCAAUAUAUAGAUUUAAGCGACAACAACUUGCAUGGUGAAGUGUCACGCAACUGGGGACAGUGCCCACAAUUACGAGGCUUACUAAUUGCCAAAAACAACCUUACUGGUACCAUACCACCGGACAUCGGCAACGCCACCCAAAUUCAUGAACUUGAUCUUUCUUCAAAUCAUUUAGUUGGGGUGAUUCCGAAGGAAUUCGGGAGACUGACUUCAUUGGUGAAGUUGAUGUUGAAUGGAAAUCAACUUGUGGGUCGUAUACCAUCGGAAUUCGAAUCAUUAACUGAUCUUGAAUAUCUUGAUAUCUCCACAAACAAAUUCAAUGAGCCAAUUCCAAGCAUUCUUGGUGACUUGUCCAAAUUACACUACUUGAAUUUGAGCAACAACAAGUUCAGUCAAGCAAUUCCUUUCCAGUUGGGGAAGUUAGUUCAACUGUCCGAAUUGGAUUUAAGUCAUAACUCACUUGAAGGUACGAUACCAUCAGAAUUAAGCACUAUGGAGAGUCUGGAGAAGCUCAAUCUGUCCCACAACAAUCUUUCUGGUUUCAUUCCCAUGAGCUUUGAAGGCAUGCACGGCUUGUCAUAUGUUGACAUAUCCUACAAUCACUUGGAAGGUCCCCUUCCCAACAGCCGCGCAUUUCGAGAUGCUUCGCCGGAAGCAUUAAAAGGGAACAUUGGUUUGUGUGGGAAUGUUGGAGCUUUCCCACUCUGCAAGCAUGGCUCAAGAAAAGACCACAAACGGGUACUCAUAAUCAUAUUCUCCUUUCUAGCUGCAGUUUUUCUUCUGUCUGCUUUCUUUACAAUUGUGUUUGUGGUGGAAAGAAGGAAGAAGCGUCAUGAUAAAGAAGAAAACAACAUGCAAGAAGAAAUUUCCUUUUCAAUAUUAAAUUUUGAUGGAAAAACAAUGUAUGAGGAAAUCAUAAGGGCAACAGAUGAUUUUGAUUCCACAUAUUGCAUUGGGAAGGGAGGACAUGGAAGCGUCUACAGAGCGAAUUUAUCAAAUGCCAACGUAGUGGCAGUGAAGAAACUCCAUUUGCUGUGGGAUGGCACGAACAAUUUUCAAAAGGAAUUCUUAAAUGAAAUAAGGGCACUAACUGAGAUGCGACACCGAAACAUUGUGAAGCUUUAUGGUUUUUGUUCACAUGCACGGCACUCAUUUUUGGUAUAUGAGUAUCUAGAAAGGGGCAGCUUGGCCACAAUGUUGAGCAAAGGUGAAGAAGCUAAAGAAUUGGGGUGGAGUAAAAGGGUGAAUAUUGUGAAAGGUGUAGCUCAUGCCCUGUCUUACAUGCACCACGAUUGCUUGCCACCAGUUGUACAUCGUGACAUAUCAAGCAAGAACAUUUUGCUCGAUUCUGAAUAUGAGGCCUCUGUUUCAGACUUUGGCACUGCUAAGUUUUUGAACCCAGACUCAACUAAUUGGAGUGCCCUUGCUGGCACACACGGAUAUAUGGCACCAGAGCUUGCUUAUACAAUGGAAGUAAAUGAGAAAUGCGACGUUUAUAGCUUUGGAGUAGUAGCAUUGGAAGUGAUAAUUGGAAGGCAUCCAGGAGAUCUCAUCUCAUCUCUGUCAUCAUCUUCUUCGUCGACAUCAUCACCAUCUGGAUUACCUGCCCAUCAGAUGCCAAUUGUGGAUGGUUUGGACCAACGCAUUUCCCCUCCAACACAUCAAGUUGCAGGGGAACUGGUCUCUCUUGUUAUGAUGGCGUUUGCAUGUUUGAAUCCCAAUCCACAAUCUCGUCCCAUAAUGAAACAAGUUUCUCAACAUCUCUCAACUAAGAAGCUCCAUUUGUCAAAGCCGUUACGCAUGAUAACAUGGGGUGAAUUGCUUGCUCUCGAUGGUUUUACUACCUGAUCAGGAUGUGCCUCUUUUAUGUAUUUCAUUAUGUUUCUGCCUUCUUCUAAUUAUUCUUAGAUGUUGCCUUGUAAUCUAUUUCGAGCCCAUUUCUGUGUUUGGCCGCGAACUUUAAUAAGGAUGCUUUCUAGCUAGUAAUGUUCUUCGUUGUGAGCAAAGAGAAGAACAACACAACAAAUUUCUUUGUAAAAUUACCACAUUGAAGCAAAUAAGUCAGCAAUAAUUUUCUUUGGCUUUGU